AUGGAGGCCAAUAUCAAGUUAAUUACAGAGAAAGCAGAUAACUAUCACAAUCUUGGCUUCGACCUUAAUAAAACGGGCUCGUAUUUAGUCGCCUGUCCCACAUAUAAAGUCAAUGAUCAAGAGCAAUCCACCUCAAACCCAAACCAUAAUGAUCAUUACAACGGCCCGCACACUGAAACAGGUGCCUUACCUGAGUCAAUUCUUCCCAUUGAAAUAUAUCAGCAAAAAUCAGCGCAAAUUAUCAGCCAGUCAUCGGACAAUUCAAUGCCAUAUAGCCCACUAUUCGAUGUCGGCCGCGCAGAUGGUCCCGAUGAAAGUAGCGGUGAAAAUAUGGACACUCUAGACCAUGAUCAAAUUUCUAUUGACUCCGACAAUAGUUUUUGCCACCUAACUGGCAAUGCUCUCUUUUCAAUGGGCUCCGAUCUAACCACCUCUGAUAAUGAUAGCGGUGGCGAUGAUAAUGGAAACGAUUCACCUAGUCAUAGUAGUGGUGAACAAUCACAAUUGGCAUCUACACAUUUAAGCUUGAUCAAUAAUGUGGGUAUUAAUAGCACUCAUAAUUAUCCUGGUUUGGUAAGCAAAUCGAUCGACCCGUUGGUAAACAAACACCCGUUUGCUGAGGGCAAAGGCAGUGACGAUGAAAGAACAAUUAACUACACUACCGAUGUUUCACAACUUAUAGACAAUGAAAUGUACGACAUAUUGGGGGCAUUAAAGAAGGCACACGAUUCAGCACAUUUGGAAUGUAUGGAUGAGUUUAAUAAUGAUAUGAUUAGGAAAUUUCCCGCUGAAGUUCACGAAGAGUUCCGGCAAACACUGGACACCGCAUUGAAUGAGGAAAAAGUGAGUAUACUAUACGGUCGGGAAGCCGAGCAACACCUGAAUGGACACACGUUUGACAUCAAACACAUUAUGGGAAGGGAUGUGACGGACGAUGCGCUCAAUCGCUAUCCCUUUGAUUUUGUGGACAAACGGCACCCAAAAGAUAAAGUACUUUUAUACGCUAAUGAAGUGCCCAAUUCAGACACGUAUCUCAAAUAUAAACUGAGUCGCACCGACCCGUUCCCCAUCACUGUCCGCAUUACCGAAGGCCCCGAUUUGGUAAUCAAACAAUUUAUCAUGAACAAAUAUCCAGAACAGGGCUUUGCCUCAAAACAUUUGCUCGAAAGCGAGUUAAAUGUCAUAAUGAAUGAAUUAACUAAACACAUGAACAAUAUUGGACAAGAAUGGGACCGACAUUUGUUAUACAAUAUUGAUCAAAAUCAUCGAAAUAAACUCAAACUGGAACUGCUUAAUCAAAUCGAUCAAUAUAAGCUGAAAAACUAUCGCAACGCUCCGGGCUCAGGUAACCUAGGUAUUUACUUUGAACGCCGCCUGUUAAUGGCCGGCUAUUUUGAUCACGGUGUUGAGUUUGUGCCCGAAAACAAGAUUGAUAUUGAAAAGAAAAACACCCAGAGCAAAUACGCACGAAUUAAUAAUUGUAUCGCAUUUAACAAUGAAUUCCUAUUCGGGAGAAAAGCCAGAGACUAUUUGACGGACAGUUCUAACACCGAGUUUGAUGUGAAAGAGCUGUUGGGUAAGGAUCGGGUGGACCCCGAAAAGCUCAGUCAAUACCCGUUUGGCAAUUGGAUACAAAACCCACUCCGAGUUCGACUGCCGUCACCCGGUUAUAGCGGACAGGUUUACAGCCUAAACGCCGAGACACUGGUGGCCCUACAGGUGCUCGACAUUAAACACAGGGCCGAGAUAUUGAUGAAAAGUUGCACAGAGAAGGCUGUGUUCUGUGUACCCACCGGUUAUAAUAGUAAACAGAGGCGCGCUAUGCGUGAUGUGGGUAUAUUAUCCGGUAUUAAUUAUGUUCACAUCAUUAAUGAAAUGACUGCCGCAGCCCUGGCCUACGUUAUCGACUCUCCCCGUAAAUCAUUUGCCAAAGAGUUUAUAAUGAUAUUUGCCAUUCACCAAGAUCAGUUCGAAUGCGGGCUAAUUAAAUUAGGCAAUACAUUAAUUGAACAUUUGGUUUACGGUGUGGUGAACGAACUGAAUAAUUUCAGCGAAUAUCAUCCUGGUUGUUUCAAAGAUUACAUAUCAAAAACUCUGGAUAUACAAAGCUUGAUUAUGCGCGAUCUGAAUCGUGUAAUAUUGAUCGGAAAUUCAAAGAGACUGACCGAGUUUAAAGACCUGAUUGCAGCUACAUUUACCACAGAAAUUACGGGCAAACAUAACAUAAUAUAUAAAUGCGAUCCGACAGACGUUAUAGUCAAGGGAACCGUAUAUUACGGACUUCUGAUGGACAAAAGGCUGGACACCAUUGAUAUACAUGAAAUCGUGAGGGCAGACAUCAAACUGUUGGUACAUAAAAAUAAUGACCAGCAAAUGGUUAAGGAACUUAUCCCUAUUAACGCCAAACCUAAUUCUUAUCGCGAGGCCAAUAAGUUUUUAAUUAAACUCAGUGGCAAUAGUUUUCCCAUACAGUUGUGUCUCAAUGAGGGCGACGCCACUGUUAAGACGUUUAAAGUAGACAAACCAGAGGGCUCGUGGGCGGGCAAUAUAAUAUCUCCAUUGAUUGGGCUGCCCAUACAGUAUCACAUGGAUCAGUCAACUUUCGACGUAUACAUUACGGCCACUUUGAAAAAAAUGGUAGGUUUGAGAACGUUAGUAGAUCUCGCCGAUCGGCCUGAGAGAUACGGACUCAAUUCCCAGUGUAUCAAUGCUCAGCAUAAAAUAUUACGCGAGCUUGGUGCAUUUUCUAACAUUGUGCCCGUACAAAGUACAUCAGCCCCCAACCGCAUCCAACCAAGUGCUCAAAGGCCGAGUGCGACGGCUCAGAGACCGCUUGCCCGACAAGCAUCGACACCAGGCACGUUUAACGCACCCAAUCCGGUGGCGAUGGGCACAUUCGCGGCCACAUCGGCCCCGACAGGCGAUCGAAUCCAGGAAUUUAGCAAAUUGUGCGCUGAUAUUAGGACCCGACUCGAGACGUGCGGUGCGAUCGCCACCAAAAAGCGAAAUAUUUUGCAAAAGCUGUCGGAUUGUGAGAAAAGUGUGACACAAAAUGUCAAUACUUUGGACAAACAAAAGGAGGAAUUGUUGCGAUUAAUUGACAAAUAUCAAUUGACUGAUAAAUUGAUCAUUGUUUAA